ACAUGGCAGGUAGCAGAUAAUGUCGCCAGUGAAGCUCCCACUGCUCUAGUGUAUUUAAACAGAACAACAACAAAUGCAAUAGCAGGCAUGCCAGCAGCCUGAGUCACUCUGUCUGCUUUCCCAAUCGGCAUUCCCUUUAUAUUAUUUGGUUACUUUGUCCCACCCUCCUCAUGGAUUAUUAUUGUACAGUUCUCGACUUACAUGAGCAGUUCAUUAGGGCUGGAACUUCAAUUAUAUUUUGUGCAAUACUGUAGUACGAAUAAGUGAGAAUAGGUAAGAUUCUAGAGGGUUUUUGCAAGAGUCAAGGAUAUUCCUUGGUGUCUUUGGCAACAGAUCCCCUGCCCUGACUCUUUGUCAGGACACUUUUGUCAACUGUCCUCCCUUACCUGCAGAUGUCAGUGGAAAAGGUUAUUUAAACAGUGUAAUCAGAGCAAAAGGCAGGGGGUGAUGUGUGUCAGUGUGUGCUGUCUGUCAUGGCAGGGCCUCCUGCAGCUGAGAGAAGAGAAGCAGCUGGAGCUGUCCCUGGAGGCACUCAUCAGUCAGGUGGCUGACCUGAAGAACUCCUUGGUCAGUUUUAUCUACAAGCUGGAGAAUGAGUACGACCGGCUCACUUGGCCUUCAGUUCUGGACAGCUUUGCAUUGCUCUCCGGGCAGCUGAACACCUUGAACAAAGUGCUAAAGCAUGAGAAGACCCCACUAUUGCGAAACCAGGUUAUCAUACCCCUGGUGCUGUCUCCAGACCGCGAUGAGGAGAUCAUGCGGCAGACAGAGGGGCGUGUGCCGGUGUUCAGCCAUGAGGUGGUGCCUGACCAUCUUCGAACUAAGCCUGACCCUGAAGUGGAGGAGCAGGAGAAGCAGCUGAUCACGGAUGCAGCUCGAAUUAGCCCUGAUGUGGCACAGAAACAGAUCCAAAGUCUGAACAAAAUGUGCUCAAAUCUGCUGGAGAAAAUCAGUAAAGAGGAGCGUGAAUCUGAAAGUGGAGGUUUAAGACAGAACAAGCAGACUUUCAACCCUGCAGAUACCAACGCGCUGGUAGCAGCUGUGGCCUUUGGGAAAGGACUGUCAAACCGGAGGCCCCCUGGCUCUGGAGGAUCUGUCCAGUCAGGCCAGCCAGGAGCUGGUGCCAUCAUUGCAGGCGCUUCAGGCAUGCAGCAGGUCCCAAUGUCAGGUGCACCAGCUCAGCAGCAGCCAAUGCUGGCAGGAGUGCAGAUGGCACAAGCAGGACAGCCAGGAAAAAUGCCAACUGGCAUAAAAACAAACAUCAAAUCUGCCGCAAUGCAUCCGUACCAGAGAUGAGCUGAGAUGCACCAGGCCCAGGGAACAGCAGUUACCAGCAUUGCUCCUGCUGCAGCCACCACACCUGGCUUGUGUGGAGCUUGCUGGUGGCCAUGUCUCCUGGACACAAGUACUUUUCAGUCAGAGCAGAGGACUUUGCUUCUGGUAUUGAUCCUAUCUUCUUAAGUUCUGGCCUGGAGAACAACUACCCUUUCCUGAUACAGAACCUGAAAAGCUUUGUGGAGCUCUCUGCUCCUUGUUUCUACUUGUUCACUCGCACUGUUUGCUUUACUCCCUCUUGUUGAAUAAAGACCUUGUUAUGCACACUGUGA